CGAGGCCGCAUGUCCAGCACAUAUAGAUCACUAAGUCUUAUAUAAGGCCCUGGUCCCCCCACCCACUUUUGCUCAUCAACCAGCAGCACCCCUUCUACCCCAGAACACCCGACUUCCUCAUCCCCUCUCAAGCAAUUACCGCACUCAGCACAUCCAACGAUGAAGUUCACUGCUCUUGUCGCCGCAUUCCUGGCCCCAGCCGUUGCCAUGGCUGCUUUGACCAACAGGGCCACUCUAGCCAACAGGGCCGCUCUAGCCAACGAGGCCAUCCCUGCAGUCGCCAAUGACGUCCCUGUCAAGUCUGAGAGCCUCGUUCAUAUCAUGGCCUCCAAGCAGGGUCAGCUCACCGUCAAGCUGAACUAUGCGACCAAGUUGACUAACAAGGACUGGCUCGGAAAGUCAGAUCCCUACGUCGAGUUGUGGCUCGAGAAGGACCAUAAGCAACGCUCCAAGGACGGCAAGGGCUUGAACCCGGUCUUCAACCAAGCUUUCACCUUCUAUGUCCGCUCUGGCCAAAGCAAGCUGUACGUCCGUGUUGUUGACAAGGACACGUUUAGCGACGACAAGAUCGGAGAAGCCACGAUCUCUUUAGACGAAGUCUUCAACACCGGCAACGUCGGUGCGCGCGACUACAAGCUCCCCAAGUGGUUCGGACUCCGAAACAACGGAUACGUCAACCUGGAACUCCAGUUCGUCGAGGAUCGCUCUUAAAGCUGAGCGUGUAAAUUGAACCCUCUUGUACAGAUCUCUUAUAUGAUGCUUAAUAAACGCGCCUUAGAUAACGUUUUGCAGUA